GAUAUCAAUUUAAAAUUCCUAGGACUCGAGCCGUUGAAGAAGUACGUCACCUCGCGUUUCUGGUUCACGUAUCGAAGGAAUUUCGCGCCUAUAGGUGGAACGGGGCCGGAAACCGAUCAAGGAUGGGGGUGCAUGUUGCGAUGUGCCCAAAUGCUACUUGGCGAAGUCCUGCUACGAAGGCACAUUGGGAGAAAUUUUGAAUGGAAGGAGGGCAAUCCACCAUCAGGCGACUACGAACGCAUUCUCAGGAUGUUUCUAGAUGAAAAGACUGCUCUCUUCUCAAUUCAUCAAAUAGCUCAAAUGGGUGUUUCUGAAGGAAAAUCCGUCGGUGAAUGGUUUGGGCCCAACACGGCGGCGCAGGUUAUAAAAAAGCUCGCUGUGUUUGAUUCAUGGUCAGGAAUAGCCGUACAUGUGGCCCUUGAUAACAUUCUUGUAUCAAGUGAUGUGCAAACCAUAGCCACUUUAGCGCCUCCCAAAGAUGCCAUCAAAUUAAUUAUGGAAGAUAAUCGAAAUGUGGAUGAAUCAUAUCUUACGCUCGUCAAUGAGUCUUCAGUGUCGGACGACCAAAAGUGCGAUUGGCGACCACUUCUGAUACUUGUCCCUUUACGGCUGGGACUGACCAGUAUUAACCGUUGUUACCUACCUGCUAUUGAGAAUUACUUCAAACUCGAUUCAUGUGUUGGUAUAAUUGGAGGUAGGCCUAACCAUGCACUUUACUUCAUUGGUAUAGCAGGUGAUAAGCUCAUCUACCUUGAUCCUCACUAUUGCCGCCCCUCAGUUCUAGAAAAAUAUGGGAAUACGAGAUUUGAGGAUGGAUUUGAUGCGCUUGAUGUGAACGAAGAUGUACCCGCUUCCGUAUCUCUCAAAGGAUUGAACGACGAAACUCUGGAUGAUAGUUCAUUUCAUUGUAAAAUGCUUCUUCACAUGAGUUAUGACCAGAUCGAUCCAUCGAUGGCACUGGCAUUCUUUUGCGAGUCGGCGGAUGCGUUUGAAAGGCUUACUCUUGAUCUCAAAAAUGAGGUGUUUCCGGCUUCACAACCACCCCUUUUCGAGCAAUUGGAAAACCGUCCGAAGUACUGGCCACCUUUCGAACCUUACACGGGUGUGAAGGCGAAAAUUGAAAUGAAAGAAUUUGACGACAUGUGCGCCCCUAAUUAUGUCAUCGAUGACGGUUUUGAAAUUCUCGAAGAAACUGAAGAUCCCCUCACCGAUUUAGCUGAUGAUAUGUUAGAUGCCUGA